GAUAGAAAUCAGACACCGGAACUCUUUUUAUCUGUUACAAAUGCUUGGUCCAAAUAUAGUUAUUCAAGAUUCAAUUUAACAUGUAUACAUUAUCCUUCAACAGAAUAUUUUAGUAUUUUAAUUCUUUAUUUUGAAAAUUUUAUAUACACAAUGACGUCAUUAUCUGAAGUAAACAGUAAUGCAGAUAGUAAAGUUAAGCUAACACUCAACGAUCGCGUUCUGUGGGCAAAAUUUUGCUCAUUCACAAACGAGAUGAUUGUGACAAAAAGUGGCCGCAGGAUGUUUCCAGUACUCAAAUUGAGUGCAUCUGGAUUGGAUCCCAAUUGCAUGUAUUCGAUUUUACUCGACUUCUCAUCUGCUGAUUCACACAGAUGGAAGUACGUCAAUGGUGAAUGGAUUCCAGGUGGCAAACCUGAACCUCACGUUCCUUCAUGCGUUUAUGUUCAUCCUGAUUCCCCCAACUUCGGAUCUCAUUGGAUGAAACAACCAAUAAGCUUCAACAAAGUAAAAUUAACAAACAAAGGGACUGGUGGUGGACAGCAAAUCAUGCUCAACUCAUUGCAUAAAUAUGAACCACGUAUUCAUGUUGUGAGGGUAGGAGGAGAAGCAGGGGCACAAAGAACAAUUGCCACGUUUUCAUUCCCAGAGACAAAAUUUAUCGCAGUGACAGCUUAUCAGAACGAAGAGGUAACAUCUUUGAAAAUUAAGCACAAUCCAUUUGCCAAAGCAUUUCUCGACGCAAAAGAAAGGCCAGAACAAAGCACCGAUUUCUCAAACUAUUCAGGUGUAAAUCCACCGAUCAAUAGCUGGCAGUCCCAAUCUAUGACAGCACUUCCUUAUACCAACGUAUAUCCUCCGACAACGAAUAUGAACCCAGUAAGCGGUGAUGCUUAUGUAUAUCGAGGCGCAAUUCGCACUUCUUACCGUCAGAACCGUAGUGCACCAUACUCAAUAAAUUCAACAAGCAAGUCAACACAAAAUGGCGCUGUUACAGCAACUAAUCAUUAUCCAACUACCGUAUUCCCACAAAGUUUCGCUUAUGAAGAAUAUCCAGUACAUUCCUAUCCGGCGACGUCGGUGUUUACCACAGAUAGUUCUCCAAAGACUCCAUACUACACGGCAUCGUCUGAGGUGAACACGACUACUCCACCAUUACAAGCAUCUUACGCAGAAAACUACAACAUCUAUUCAACGUGCGCAUCUCAGGAACUGAACUAUCAACAAAACACAUAUCACGCCACCGCAAGUUACGCUGGAUACAGCGGCGCAGAAUCCAGUUCUGGCAUCGAACAUACACUCGUAUACCCAUACUCAGGCUACAGCCCUGAAACAGAAAAUUUAGAUCACGGAAAAGUUCCUACUACAACGAUGCAAUAUUAUCCAGAUAACAAUCUCAGCUACUCUAGCAUUUGGCCUGUGUAUACAUGCACCAGUUCUGGUACAAAUUUCAAUUCAACAUACACAGCUGCUCCUACAAGCUUAGCGCAAACUUCACCGGAUUAUCAUAUUCUGACUAAUGGAGAUCCAGUUGCACCUUUAUCGAGUGUUGUUACAGACGAACAUUAUGACCAAAUGUCUGCAACUCUAAUUCCUGAGUCAUAUACAGAAAUUUCUGAACCGUUUUCUACAUCAAGUUUAUUGGAACUAGCUGAUUGCACUACACCCACAGAGGUUACAACUAUGAAUCUGUGACUUCGUUUUCAAUUUCUUUCAUUAUAUUUACGUUUUUGUUAUUAUUGAAAAAUAAAAUUUUGACAGAAACA